AUGCUGACUCACACGCAACCCAUCCAACACCGUCGAGAUGAAAAUCAAUUCAACCCGUAUGACAAUAACGAGGGCACCAGCCUUGCACUCAAAGGAAAAGA